GGGCUUCCCAUCACCAACCACCCAAAAUGCUUCCUCCAUUCGAUUACUUCCAGCAUCGCCGGGCCCGGGACUGGAAACAGAGACAGCGUGCACAGCGCUUUGCCAGCCUCCCCGCCGCCUACCAUUCCGCAUUUACGGCAUUCGACAGAUCGAUCAUCGACGAACCGAUCGAAGAUCUUGUUGAAGGUGUACAGAAAGGAGCCGUGUCGGCACGGGCUGUCCUGCAGACAUACGGCAAAGUAGCCAUCAAAGCUCAAGAACGGACAAACUGUGUAACAGAACUUCUCCUUCCCGAGGCCGAGAAAUGGGCAGACCAAGAGGUUAAUCUGAAGGGCCCCUUGGCAGGAAUUCCUGUCUCGUUGAAGGACUCCAUCCAUGUGAAGGGGUUCGAUACUUCGGUUGGAUAUACGAAGAAUACAGGCCAACCACUGGCCGAGGACGGAGGCUUGGUUAAGCUGCUUAAAGAUGCCGGCGCCAUUCCAUAUGCAAAGACCGCUCUCCCGAUAACUUUGUUGUCCUUUGAGUCUACAAACCCUCUCUGGGGGGUGUGCCGUAACCCCCAUGUGCCGGAGUACUCUCCUGGAGGCUCGAGCGGUGGUGAGGGCGCUAUCAUUGCCAUGGGCGGUCGCAUCGGCGUGGGCUCUGACGUUGCCGGUUCUGUUCGCGUACCGGCCGCGUGGAGCGGAGUCUACUCCCUUCGAUGCAGCACUGGCCGCUGGCCCAAGGCUGGCGUGAACACUAGCAUGGCGGGCCAGGAAGGUGUACCAAGCGUUUUCAGUCCAAUGGCACGAACAUUGAAUGAUUUGGCCUAUUUUACACGCUCCGUCAUUCAUAUGAAACCAUGGAAGUACGAUAACACUGUACAUCCGAUUAGCUGGAGAGACGAGGAGGAGGACGAUGCUCGGACCAAAAAAUUAAGGAUUGGUGUGAUGAAGUCUGACGGAGUCGUCCCACCUACGCCUGCUAUUGCUCGUGCAAUUGACACCACUCGCGCCGCCCUUGCUGCUGCCGGCCACACACUCGUCGACAUCACACCGCCGGCAACAGCUACUCCACUAAUCGGACUCAACCUCGCCUCUCUCCUUCUCAACUCCGAUGGUUGCCAGACAUUCAACUCCCACAUGCGCACCGGCGAAACCUCCGAUCCCGGUGCUGACAAGCUUACCAAAUAUGCCAACAUGUUCCGACCGUUCCGCUACCUCUACUACCUCUAUGUCCGCUACAUCAAGCGCGACAAGGUCUGGGCCUAUCUCCUCAAAGACUUUGGUCUCAAGACAUCUACCGAGCUCUGGAAGCUCGUUGCACAACGUGAAGCCUUCCGCGCAACCUGGCACAACUGGUGGAACGCCAAAGAGCAAAGCUACGACUUCAUCCUCUGCCCCGUCAACGCCACUCCCGCCCUUCCCCACGGUGCUAUGCGUGACGGUUUCAGCUCUUGCGGCUACACCUUCUUAUGGAACAUGCUCGAUUACUCUGCCGGUGUUAUUCCGGUUGGUCACGUCGAUAAAGUCAAGGAUGCUCUCGUUACAUCUGACGGCAAGCCAGCUAAGAAGAAUUCGUAUAAGCGUGUGCUUAAAGAUCUUGGUGCUGACAGCACCGUGUCGAGAGGAGCUUGGAAAUAUUAUGAUUCCAAUGCUAUGCAUGGACUGCCUACCGCUGUGCAGAUCGUAGGAAGAAGAUGGAACGAAGAGAGAGUCAUAGGAUACAUGGAAGCGGUGGAGAAAGCGUUGGAAGACUACAAGGGUCCCACUGGCGAGGGAGGAAAGUAUAAACUGCUUGAGGUUUGACGUCAUUUGUAUAUCCGUGUAAGAGACGGCGGAUAUGCGCUUUGAUUGAGCGCAUCCUUGUCCGCCUGGAUCUAUAUCUGUUAUUUGUCUAUAUCCCGUUGAGCGCGAUCAACUGAGUUUAUCAAUCAAGUAUUUAGUAUAUACUUUUUAAGGUGGUCUAGCCAAA